CACUUGAGGAAGUCGCUUUUUUUCCUUGAAUCUAAUAGUUCCUUUUUGUCGCUCUGCACGGCCCCGGCGGACUUGGGUUUUUCUGCUGCACGAACAGCGCACUGACACAAGUGUGUGAUCGCGGACAGCAGUUCUCUCAGAACACGACACAGUCUGCCGUGCUUCCCAUCACUGAUGCAUCAUGGCUCGUGCCCACAUUCCCAUGAACAUAAUGGAAGAAAGCAGGGGGAAAGAGGCGGGAGAAUCUGAGGAGGAUGAACACGGCCCAUUGAUUAAGUACUACAAAGCUACAGAGCUUGUUCCCGACAGGAAGCCUCAUCUGCACCGUCUUUUCAACAAGCAGCCAGCAGUCUGGGCCUCUGUACAGAUCACCUGUGGAAUACUCAGUCUCGGACUGGGGGUGGUGUUUGCUGUGGAAUUCCAGAUCGACAAAUAUUUUCUCACCUUGUUUAGGGUACCCAUUAUGACUGGGAUUAUGUUUUUGUUUGUAGGAUUUUUGUCCAACCUCCUGUACAAAUACCCAGCACUGUUACAGAUGUGUUUUAUCUCCAACAUAGUCGUCUUGGUGAUGUCUGUGAUCGGAGUCAUGCUGUUGUGUGUAGAUUUAAUCAAAAAUCACCACAAUCUGUCGCAUGAGGUGGAAAUUCUGCUUCUGAUUGUGACUAUACUGGACAUGGCCGUCUCCACUAUCCUCAUAGUCUUCAUUAAUGCUGAGAUACGCAAUCAGGGAAAAAAAAGGACUAGUUCCUAGAAACCAAAAACGGGCCUUAAAUAUCGGAAGAGGACCGGCCAACAUCGGAAGCCACCAUUCACUGACAAAACUGUAAACAAACGUGAACCUGGCCCAAGUCCCAACAUUUACCAUGCCUAACUUGUCAAAGACGUUUACUCACAAUCAUUAAGCUGUGUAAAGGAGUUUUUGCGAUAUGAGUAAUUGCUAUAUUAAACGGUUAACAGUUUAAAGAUCCUAUAAAGGGCGUUUCUCGCUUUUACUAGGCCUUUCUUUUCAUGUCCUUUGCACUCUUACAGCCUGUUUCAUCUGUGGCUUUCUAGAUCAAAGAAUGUAUUUCAGAGGGACGUUGCAUGCAGAAGACUCUCAGUCAACUGACUGUGUUUUACUCGAUUAACAAACAUUUAAACGUGUGAUUGUUUACGUCACAUUUAACAAGGGGUGAUUGAAGAAGUUGAAUUUAUUAGUAGUUCCAGUCCUAAAAAUGAUUCAGCUAGCCUCUUUUUCUCUGUACAGAUCAUUUAUGCUUACCGCUCUUACAAAGACUUUUUUGUAGAAAAUUAAUUGCUUUUUUGUGCUUAUUAAAAAGAAAAAGAAAAAAAAACUUUGAAAAAA